GUGGCGGCUGUCGGAGCUCGAAACCUGAUAGGAAAACCAUAGAGAGGAAGCGUAGAUAUGACAUGAAAACUUUGUGCUCUAAGCUCACUUCUCUUAUUCCUCAUCACAUCUUCAAACUCUCCAAGGAAACUGUAUCCCAACCAGACCAGCUUGAUCUUGCAGCUGCCUACCUAAAACACUUGACAGAAAGGAUAGAGAAACUAAAGAAGACAAAAGACGAAGUGAUGAAGUCGGUCGAACCAAGCGGUCGCGUAACGGAGACUGCGGCGGCUCCGGUCGGUUUAAGUUCGCCGGUGGUCGAAUUAAGGGAUUUGGGUUCGAGCAUUGAAUUGGUUUUGAUAACCGGAUUGAAUAGGAACUUCAGGCUAUAUCAAGUUAUUAGCAUUCUUGAACAAGAAGGGGCUGAAGUUGUAAGUGCAAGCUUUUCUACUGUGGGUGGCAAGAUUUUUCACUCUCUUCAUGCUCAGGCUAAACUUUCUAGAGUUGGUGUUGAGACUACAAGGGUGUGCCAGAGACUGCAAGAACUGAUUCGGUAGAUAUGAAGACGUGGUUUUAUUAGAU